AUGGAAUCUGGAAAAUCGUUGACUUUGUGUCAAUUGGAAGCAUGGUCAAUGGAAUAUAAAGUCAGAAAUGGUCCCACACAAACUGUAAAGGUUCAAGAAAUCGAUAAAAAUGAUGAUAGUUGUGGUCUUUGUGGCUAUGGAGGCGAUUUAAUAUGUUGUGAUAGUUGUCCCUCAAGUUUUCAUCAAGAAUGCUUAUGUUUACAGGAGCUACUUGAAGACCACAAGGAAUGUGUCAUGGAGACGGAAGUUGGAAGUGGGAUGGAACCUUCUACAUGGUUCUGUAGUGAAAGCUGUAAAAUGGCCUUGAAAGUUGGAAUGAUGAAUUCCAUCUCUGAUGGUUUCUCGUCGACACUUUUGAAGCGCACUCAUGGAGACCAGAAUGUUCUUUCCGAUCACCAUUUUAUUGCUUUGAAAGUGGAAUGGAGUCUGAAACUAGAAGUUUCCCUUACAAUCAUGGAGGAAUUCUUUCUUCCCAUGAUUGAUCCAAGAAUCGUAAUCGAUUUGAUACUCCAAGUACUCUAUAAUCAAGGGUAA